GAGAGUGAGAGGCGGGGCCUGAGGGGCCUCGCCCAUUUGGAGAAUCUGCGGCGGCGCAGGCCGGCCGGUGGGCGUGCCCGUGAGGGCUGGAGGCGGUGCUAGAAGGACUAGUCCUCCAGUCCUAAGGUGCGGAGCGCGCACUGUGGGCGGGGCCAGCCCAUGCAAAGCGGGACCUGGGCGGGCUUUGAGGCCGCCGAUCUAGUCGAGUAGCGAGCUUUCCCAGAGAAGGCCGGGAAGAUGGCGGCCUCCUGGAGGCUUCGCUGUAACCUGCCGCUACUACGUUACCUUCCCGGCUUCAGCAGCCGUCGAAGCCUGGGACUGGCUCAGGGUGCUGCUGCGUGGCCUGUCGGACGUGGAGCAAGUUGGAGGUGGUUUCACGGUACUCAGCUGCUGCAGGCGGAUCCUAUUAAGGUCCUAAUGCCAUCGCUAUCUCCUACGAUGGAACAAGGGAACAUUGUGAAAUGGCUGAAGAAGGAAGGUGAAGCUGUGAGUGCUGGAGACUCGUUAUGUGAGAUUGAGACGGACAAGGCUGUGGUCACCUUAGAUUCGAAUGAUGAUGGCAUCUUGGCCAAGAUAGUGGUUGAGGAAGGUGCUAAAAAUAUACAGCUGGGUUCGCUCAUUGCGUUGAUGGUUGAAGAAGGGGAAGAUUGGAAACAGGUGGAAAUUCCCAAAGAUGUCAGCGCUCCACCUCCAGUUUCCAAACCCCCAGUGCCUACUCAGCCCUCUCCACAGCCUCAGACUCCUUGCCCUGCCAGGAAGGAACACAAAGGGUCACCACGGUUCCGCUUAAGUCCAGCUGCCCGCAACAUUCUGGAAAAACAUUCAUUGGACCCCAGCCAGGGCACAGCCACAGGCCCUCGCGGGAUCUUCACUAAAGAAGAUGCACUCAAGUUAGUUGAGCUGAAACAGAUGGGCAAGAUUACCGAAUUCAGACCCGCCCCAGCUCCUCCAUCCUCUCUCUCAGCAUCUGUGCCUCCAGCCACAGCUGGGCCAUCUUACCCUCGGCCAAUGAUCCCACCAGUAUCCAUCCCUGGGCAACCUAAUGCAGCGGGUACAUUCACUGAAAUUCCUGCUAGCAAUAUUCGAAGAGUUAUUGCUAAGAGGUUAACUGAAUCAAAAAGUACUGUGCCUCAUGCCUACGCUACUGCUGACUGUGACCUUGGGGCAGUUUUAAAGGUUAGAAAAGAUCUGGUCAAAGAUGACAUUAAAGUCUCCGUAAAUGACUUUAUCAUCAGAGCAGCAGCUGUUACUCUUAAACAAAUGCCUGGGGUUAAUGUCACCUGGGAUGGAGAAGGCCCAAAGCAACUGCCCUCCGUUGACAUUUCAGUGGCUGUGGCAACAGAUAAAGGUUUAAUUACACCAAUCAUAAAAGAUGCAGCGGCUAAGGGCAUACAGGAGAUUGCUGACUCUGUAAAGGUUCUGUCAAAGAAAGCAAGAGAUGGAAAAUUGAUGCCGGAGGAGUACCAAGGAGGAUCUUUUAGUAUUUCCAACUUGGGGAUGUUUGGCAUCGAUGAGUUCUCUGCAGUGAUUAACCCUCCUCAGGCCUGUAUCUUGGCAGUUGGGAGAUUCCGCCCAGUGCUGAAGCUCACAGAGGAUGAAGAGGGGAACCCCCAGCUGCAGCAGCACCAGCUUAUAACUGUCACAAUGUCAAGUGACAGCCGAGUGGUUGAUGAUGAACUAGCUACCAGGUUUCUUGAAACUUUCAAAGCAAACCUAGAGAAUCCCAUGCGACUUGCGUAGCCUUCAGAGACCAGACAUGUGAUUGGGUGUUCAGUAUGGAGUAGAUGAAAUGCAUAUUUAUUUAAGACGAAAGCUUUGGCCUGAGCUGUCUUCCUCUCCCCUGUACGUUUACUGUAGAAACGUGUGUGAUAACGAACUGACUAUUAAAGAGCAUUUGCUUGGUCAGAUCCACUUUUAACCUCUGGUGCUGUACAGAAGGCAUUAAACUGAUGUAAACUACAUCCUAUGUUUCAAUCAUUUGAAAUUUUGGAAUAAUUGUGAAUGUAUGAUAUUGUAAAAUUUAAUAUAUAGAACUGUCCCUUAAUCGUAUUGAAGUUAUAACCGGGCUUCAAAGAGAUGUCUGUCUAUAUUGGGGCCUCUCAUUUUUUAUAAGCAGUGCUCUUGAUAUACUUGAACAAUUUAAUAUGUACAGUUAGUUUAUUCUGGAUAAGUACAUAAGUACAUUUUAUUAGGGGUUGUGACAACAUUAUUAAACUUUUGUGUAUAUAAAGCCAGGUGUCUUAGCUAUAUGUAUUUCCAGUCUUACCUUUCACUUCUUUGACACUGUGAAGCUCUAAGGAUACAGUAGGAAUGAAGACAGAGGAAGAAGAACUAAAGAGUUGUUUGUUCAGAGACCUGACCUUAUAAAGUUGGGGGAGCAGCUGGGUUUGUACCUGCAACCUCAGCAUUUGAGAGACUGAGGAAGGAGGGCUGCUUCGAAGCUGGCUGGCUACAUGCACAGUGAGGCCCUGUCUCACAGAGGCCGGGAGAGUGUGAUACGUGAAAAGCUGCAGUUGAUCUCAACUUCAGCAGUGAGAACUUCACUUUCAUGCUGGGUUGGAAUCUAUUGAAAUAAAUUGUUUUCUCUUACCACACCUUGUAAGUUUGUAUUGUUUUAAAUACAGUAUUGUUUGCUGAAGCAUUGUAAUCAAGUUUGUAUUGUACAGUCAAAUGUGAGGAAAUAAAAAAAUUCUAGUAUA